AUGGCCGAUUCUGGAACGCCCUCAAACCCAGGCCAGCUGCCUCCCCCCCCUCAGGCCGGUGCUGGCGCCCCUGGCUUCGAAGCUGGCCAGAAUGGACAGCCUAUGGCCCCUCCGCCUCUGCAUAUCCCUCAGAAUACCAACCCGAUCCCGACUGCCAUCACCUCCCCCAGAUCCGCUGCCGAUCAAGGAGGCAUCAUGUCGCCUACCAGUGCAGGUGGCUUCCGGCGUGCUGCCCCUGAACCCAACAAGCGUGCCCUCUACAUUGGUGGUUUGGACCAGCGUGUAACUGAGGAAGUCUUGCGUCAGAUCUUCGAGACUACGGGUCAUGUUCAGAACGUCAAGAUCAUUCCCGACAAGAAUGCGCGUGGUUAUAACUAUGGCUUUGUCGAGUAUGAUGACCCUGGUGCCGCUGAGCGUGCUAUGCAGACCCUCAAUGGACGACGAGUUCACCAAUCGGAAAUCCGAGUCAACUGGGCCUAUCAGUCGAACACCACAAACAAGGAGGACACCUCGAACCAUUUCCACAUCUUUGUCGGUGAUUUGUCUAACGAAGUCAACGAUGAGGUCCUCCUUCAAGCUUUCUCUGCUUUUGGUUCCGUCUCAGAGGCUCGUGUCAUGUGGGAUAUGAAGACCGGCCGAUCUCGAGGUUACGGCUUUGUUGCCUUCCGCGACCGCCCUGAGGCCGAAAAGGCUCUGAGCUCCAUGGACGGCGAGUGGCUCGGCUCGCGAGCCAUUCGAUGCAACUGGGCAAACCAGAAGGGCCAACCUUCAAUGGCCCAGCAGCAAGCUAUGCAGGCGAUGGGCAUGACGCCUACCACCCCUUACGGGCACCACCAAUUCCCAGCACAUGGCGUCGCUAGUUACGAGGUUAUUCUGACUCAAACUCCCAGCUGGCAGACAACUGUCUAUGUCGGCAACCUUACUCCUUACACAACUCCCAACGAUGUGGUCCCUCUGUUCCAGAACUUCGGGUUCGUUGUUGAGUCUCGCUUCCAGGCUGAUCGAGGUUUUGCUUUCAUUAAGAUGGAUACCCACGAGAACGCGGCCAUGGCGAUCUGCCAGAUGAACGGGUAUAACGUUAACGGAAGGCCUCUCAAGUGCAGUUGGGGCAAGGACAAGACGCCCAGUGCUCAAGGAGCCUUUGACCCUGCUCAGCCUUACAGCCCACAGAGUGCUCAAGCUCCUGCCUUCCCAGGUACGCCUACGUACUAUCCUCAGUACGGCGCCCAGUACGGUGGACAGCCUGGAAACUAUGGUGGACCACAGACUGGAUCACCGGCCGGCUAUGCUGGAUCCCCUAUGGGGUAUGCUGCUCCUCAAAGCGCGGGCGGCUACGGCAGGGGCCAACAGCCCCCCAAUGCUGAAUGGGCCCAGCCUCGCCCUGGACAGAACUUCAACAAUGGAUUUGGUGGUUAUCAGGCCUAG